UGAGUAAGGUGAAAAUUAUUCAGUGCCAAACUUUCACUGUUUGCUCAUUUUUGUUAGCUAAUCAAACCAGCAUUCUCCGGCCUACUACAAAGCAUUGAAUGAAAAUCAACACCUCAUUUUGUUUCGCAAUGUUUGAUAUUGAAUAAGUGAGACGUUUCGUCUACGACUCGUCAGGGCAUAACAGUUUAAAGUGUGCUGCCGGUGCUAUUGAUCGAGCCAAAGUGACUCCACAAAACUUUUAGAUUUGGCACUUGCACUAGGCAUCAUACAUCAACAUAUAACACAAAUGACUAAUACUCAAAACGGAACAGUGAACGGCGAAACAAUCGUGGACUUCGCUUCUCUCGAUUCCAAAGUACAACAACUGGUCAAUGCUGCCAUUCAGGUGCGCUGCAAUGCGUACUGUCCGUAUAGUAAUUUUGCAGUGGGAGCAGCCCUCAGGACGACUACCGGAGAGGUCUUUACCGGGUGCAACGUAGAGAAUGGGGCGUUCGGGCCGACCGUUUGUGCCGAACGAACUGCUAUAUGCAAAGCCGUCAGUGAAGGAUUUCGCCAGUACGAAGCUAUAGCGGUAGUUGCUUACCAGGAGACACAAUUCACCAGCCCCUGCGGAACGUGCCGGCAGACUUUGUCCGAGUUUUGUGAUCCGGAUUUUCCUGUGUACAUUGCAAAACCAGCGGCCGCUCGUGUUAUGGUAACGUCACUGUAUACCUUGUUGCCGCACGCAUUUUCAUCAUCCUUUCUGAAGAAGUGAAUGACCCGGUGGCAAUUAUGGGUCAGAAAGGGUUCAAUUAGGGUUGUAGAAUUAAUGUAUAAUCCAGCGUAAUCUUUUUUUCGACAAAGUGAUCCUUUCGGCUGAAUGGCUUUCGGCGAAACGACUUUCGACGAAAUAACCAUUUUCAUCAACGACUGUCGAUCACAGUUAUUAUAUAUCUUUAUUGACUACUUCGACCAAAGGUUCUCGAUUACUUCCACAAAUUACACAGAUGAACUUGAUGAAUCGUACAGCAAUAUGCGAUUCCAAAGAAAAAACCUUCCUUCUGUUUCGAAUGAUCGGUAAAUUUUUCAACUGAAACUUUCGGUAACCAUAAGUAAGCAUCUUGUAAGUUUUCACUAAACGAUUAGUUGCGUACAAACUGUUUCACACACAUUUUGUUCAGUAAAUCUGCAUAUCAAUAGAGUACGGUAAAAUAAAACAUGUCGUAGUCAAUUUAAAAUUAUUUUCUUACUACCGAAUGUCUGUAAAUUCGAUAACAAUAAUAACAAUUAACUGUCAAACCGACUUUGUAACAAUUGUAACA